AUGGAAAAUAUAGUAAAAAAUAAAAUAUUUGAGGUUUCAUCAUCAACUGAUGUUAAUCAAAUUGAUCUGAAUAAUGGACAACUUGUUUACUAUCGUGAGCUAAUUGUUAACCUUGUCCAAAUCAAUGAUCAACGUUUAAAACAAGUGGAAUUUUAUAAAAAGAUGCAAGCAUCAGUUCACCACGGUGUGCUGGAAAAAUGUCGAAACGGCGAAUUAUAUGAUGAUGCAAAUACAUGGCAUCUAAAUAUUAAAUUAGAUUAUAAAAUCAAGAAAAGUCUUCCAUUUCUUGAUGUUUUACUUACAAAUAAUAAUGGUACAUUGGCAACAUCUGUUUAUCAUAAGCCUGCAGCUGAACUAUAUGUUACACCAUUUACAUCUGAUCAUCCACGACAUGUUUUUGCAAAUAUUAUUAAAACUUCUCUUGAGCGUGCUACCAGAUAUUCAUCCACAUUUCAAGAAUUUAAUAAUGAACGACGUAUUAUAAAAUUAAUGUUACUCUAUAACGAGCAAGUUUAUAUAAAAUAUAUUACGAAAAGAAUUUUAUUUAAUUCUAUAUUUUAUAGACAUCGAUUGACAUUUAUUGAAAAUGAAUUCAAGAAAAAAUUUCCCGAAUAUAUAUCAAUAUCACCAUUUUUACAUUUCAUUGAUGACGAAAACAAAUACAUCCAUAGACGACAAAAAUGA